GCGGCCGCCGCCAAGGCGCCGGUGAAGAAGAACGCGAAGGUGGCCAGCGUGAGCGUGCAGCUGGAGAUGAAGGCACUGUGGGACGAGUUCAACCAGCUGGGCACCGAGAUGAUCGUCACCAAGGCCGGCAGGGGCCCAGAGAGAAGGGGAACAAGUUUUGCGAUGCAACCAAUUUGACCGGCAGACAAAGGCGGGUGCCGGUCUGUGUCUAGUGUACACAGGAGACACCAGCUCUGGGUCCACACAGCCAAGGGGAGCUCGGGGCCUGUUUGCAGAGCCUGCUCGUGGUUUCUCUUUCCGUGCCGCGGCGUCCGCCCUGGGAGCCUGGGGCCUGUGCCCAGCUCCAGAUCAGGGGUCUUCUCCAGGCUCUCCUGCUGGCCCUGGGCACUUGGCCUCCCCCCGCCUCCCCAUGAGGACUGUGCCCCAGCCUCCGGCCCAGUCCAGCCCAGCAAGGGCCUCGGCGGGGCCAGGCUCGCCCCAGAAGCCAGCAUUCUGCAGCCCUCUCCGGCCUGCAGAGGCGAGGGCAGGCGUGGCAGGCUUGUCCAGGAGGCCUGGCAUCUGUUUUCUGCCCACCGCCCUCAAGGAGUUGCCUGUUUGGGGAAGCUGCAGGACCAGCAGGCGCAUGUUCCCCACCUUCCAAGUGAAGCUCUUCGGCAUGGACCCCAUGGCCGACUACAUGCUCCUCAUGGACUUCGUGCCCGUGGACGACAAGCGCUACCGGCCGCCGGCGUGGCCCAAUCUGGGCUCCCGCCGCGCCGGCGACACAGGAGGCCCAGAGCAGCGACCCGCGUGCGGCGAAAUGUGGCGCCAGGGCCCGGCUUCCUCCCUCUGGUCGCUUCCUGCCGCUUGUGUAUCAGGACGGGGAGUUUUUCUCUUUCCUCACAUUGCCCCUGGAAAAGCUCCCCGUUCACCUGUGGGAACCUCAUCAGAGGCACCUUCGGGGUUCCCUCGGCAAGGCCCUCACCCCAGCAUGCUGUGGCCCCUGCCCCGGCGUCCCAGGUACGCCUUCCACAGCUCAUCCUGGCUGGUGGCCGGGAAGGCAGACCCCGCCACGCCCGGCCGCGUACACUACCACCCCGACUCACCGGCCAAGGGGGCACAGUGGAUGAAGCAAAUCGUCUCCUUCGACAAGCUCAAGCUGACUAACAACCUGCUGGACGACAAUGGCCAUAUUAUUCUCAACUCCAUGCACAGAUACCAGCCACGCUUCCACGUGGUCUAUGUGGACCCGCGCAAAGACAGCGAGAAAUACGCCGAGGAGAACUUCAAAACCUUUGUGUUUGAGGAGACACGCUUCACUGCGGUCACUGCCUACCAGAACCACCGGAUUACCCAGCUCAAGAUCGCCAGUAACCCUUUCGCCAAAGGUUUCCGAGACUGCGACCCCGAGGACUGGCCCCGGAACCAUCGGCCCGGCGCGCUGCCGCUCAUGAGCGCCUUUGCGCGCUCGCGGAACCCAGUGGCCUCCCCCACACAGCCCAACGGCGCGGAGAAAGACGCGGCCGAGGCCCGGCGAGAAUUCGAGCGCGACGCGGGCGGCCCGGCCGUGCUCGGGGACCCGGCGCACCCGCCGCAGCUGCUGGCGCGGGUGCUGAGCCCCGCGCUGCCCGGGGCCGGCGUCCCGCUGCCCGGCGCGCCCGGAGGCCGGCCCAGCCCCCCGCACCCCGAGCUGCGCCUGGAGGCGCCCGGCGCGUCGGAGCCGCUGCACCACCACCCCUACAAGUACCCGGCCACCGCCUACGACCACUACCUCGGGGCCAAGAGCCGGCCAGCGCCCUACCCGCUGCCGGGCCUGCGCGGCCACGGCUUCCACGCGCACGCGCACCCGCACGCGCACCCGCACCCGCACCACCACCCCGCCGUGAGCCCCGCAGCCGCCGCCGCCGCGGCCGCCGCCGCGGCCGCCGCCAGCAUGUACUCAUCGGCCGGGGCCGCGCCACCCGGCUCUUACGACUACUGCCCCAGAUAAUGCGGGCGCCCGCCUGGGGGUCCGGUCCACCCAGCCCGGGGCCACCGCCGGCCCCCUUCCCGGGCCUCCAAGCCGUCGGGCCUCCAUCCGCCAGCCCCAGAGCUGUCCAAGGACCUGGUUCCCUGGCCCCCUGGCCCCAGGGCCACCGCGGGUCCCUCCUCGGCCCCGAGGGCCCCGGGUCCGCACCGCCAGUGCCAAAGUGCGCGGUUCGCGCCGGAAGGAAGUGAUAUUUAUUGUUCUCCGCGAGACCGCGACGUCCCCCGGCCCGGCUGGCAGUUGCAGUGUAGACGACCCGAGAACCCGUCUGCAGGCGGUGUAGAUACUUGUAGAUAUUUGUAGAUAACUGUAGAUAACGCGCCGGCGCCGCCUUGAUAAACGGUUUCGCCUCUUUUGGAAGCUGCCUGAGUGUCCA